AUGAUUUGCCAAUCAGCGAGCUGCCCGAACAAUUUAAGCGACCUGGACGUCGAUUGCCCUACACUAGUGGACCAAUUAACAGCCUUGACUUUGCCCCAGUUCAAGCGUAAAGAUGUUCCUAAAAAAGACGAUGAUCCAAUUGGUUAUCUUGCCGUUGCAAUGGCUAGUGGAAAGAUUCUGAUCUACAAAAUUUCGGAUGUUCUAUUCAACAAUUGUGACGCGGAGGCUGUUCCCGUAUUUGAACCCAUCACCACCACUUGGUUAAUCCUCAAUGAAAUUUCUGUUGAUUGGGCACAUUUUGCUGGUGGAGAUCAAAUUGCUGCGGGAAACAUUCUCAUAUGGGAACUUUCUAACGAAGAAUUCACGACGGAAGAUGGGAUCUUACCAAUUGAGAUGAGCUCUGAAUCUUGGAAUUCUCCGGCUGUGGAUGUGGUUCUGGAACUCCCGGGAGAAAGCUGCAAUGGUGGAACAUGCUACUUGAUACCUGAUCGCCAAAAUAAAGGAUAUUUUGUGGUUCCACUCAGCAAUAAACAUGAUAUUUGUAUAUGGAGCAUUAGCACGUGUGCAAUAAACGGUGUUGUUUCAUCUUGUGGAGUUGAUGGCGCGGUGUUGAUGUCAAUAAAUGGCCGAAUCGCUCCAAACAAUGCCACAGUUGAUUUUACUUUCUCGGCCCAGCGCAAAGCACUUCAGCUAACGAGGAUCGACGAGAUUGGAGGAAACGAAUCGGGGCAACGAGCAGGAGGAGCAAGACCUGCGGCUAAAGGAGCGAUCAAAGAGACAAUAAACAGGACGCUCAACACACUACGAUGGAAAUGGCUUUCGGAGAAGAUAGCGAUCGACUCGGAUGGGGUCACGCAUAAAGGCCGAGGCAAACUCGCACUUGAUUCAAGUCUCCGC